GCUCAGCCCUGAACAGGGUCAGCCUGGUAGGAGAGCUUCAGGAGCACCAAAGAUGGCUGAGCAGAACCUGAAGAAGGUUGGCCUGCUGGGCUACGGGCGCCUUGGUCAGGCCUUGGCCACUCGAUUGCUGACCGAGGGGUCCCAGCAUGGCCUGGAGCUCGCCUUUGUCUGGAAUCGGGACCCCAGGAGACUGCAGAGCACCCUGCCCCCUGCCCUGAGGCUCCCUGACCUCGGUGCCUUGGGUGAUAGGAGUCCAGAUCUGGUGGUGGAGGUUGCUCACCCCAAGAUCAUCCAUGAUUUUGGGGCCCAGAUCCUGAGCCAUGCUGACCUCUUGGUGGGGUCCCCCUCGGCCCUCGCUGACAGGGACACAGAGCGACAGCUGCUGGAGGCCUCCAGGAAGUCUGGCCAUUCAGUGUUUGUAGCUCGGGGAGCCUUGUGGGGAGCUGAGGACAUAUCCCAGCUGGAUGCGUCAGGGGGGCUACAGAGUCUUCGUGUCACGAUGGCAACGCACCCUGAUGGCUUCCGGCUGGAGGGGACAUUUGGCAGGGGGCCCCAGGAGGGGCCCCGGACAGUGCUCUAUGAGGGGCCUGUUCGGGGGCUCUGCCCCUUUGCCCCCCGCAAUUCUAACACCAUGGCAGCGGCUGCUCUGGCUGCCCCAAGCCUAGGCUUUGAUGGCGUGGUCGGCGUCCUGGUCUCUGACCUCAGCCUGACUGAUCGGCACGUGAUAGAUGUGGAGUUGAGGGGACCUCCAGGCCCUAGUGGCCAGAGCUUCUGUGUCCGGACCCAGCGGGAAAACCCAGCGGAGCCCGGAGCAGUUACUGGCUCCGCCACCCUAACCACCUUCUGGGGCAGCCUCCUGGCCUGUGGCAGCCGCAGCACCCCAAAGCCUGGGAUCCAGCUGUGCUGAGCAGAAGGUGGCCCACAAGGAAGGCUGCUCCUUGCCUCAUCUCGGACUGUGCCUCAGUUUCCCCUUUCUCAUGCCAGCCUCAUCAGCCAAUAAAGUUUGGGGUAUCUUUGCUACAAUGGAAA